GUAUUUUCAUUUUAACCUCUUUUUUUUGUCCUGUUAUUCUUUCAGAACCAUCAUGAAGUUCCACAGCAUGAAGAUGGAUGAGAUCAACAAGAUUAUCAGAGACCUGUGGCGCAGCACAUACAGGGGUCAAGACAUCGAGUACGUGGAGAUCCGGUCCGACAUGGACGAGAACGCGUCUGCAGGAGUGAGGCGAAGAGUUUACAACUACAGAGUGGUCAUGGUGAAAGGAGACGCAGCUUUGGAUAUGAGGGGACGCUGCAGUGCCGGUCAGAAGGUGUUGGCGUCCCUGAUCAUCCGUCUGGCUCUGGCGGAGACCUUCUGUCUGAACUGUGGGAUCUUGGCCUUGGAUGAGCCCACCACCAACCUGGACCGAGACAACAUCGAGUCAUUGGCUCACGCUCUUGUCGAAAUCAUCAAGAGUCGCUCUCGCCAGCGCAACUUCCAGCUGCUGAUCAUCACCCACGACGAGGACUUUGUGGAGCUGCUGGGGCGCUCCAGCUACAUCGAGCACUUCUACCGCAUCCGUAAGAACCAGGACCAGAACUCUGAGAUCACAAAGUGCAGCAUCAGCUCCCUCUCAUCAUACCUCCACUGAUUCAUUAAAAAGAAAGAAAGAAAGUCUCUCUCUCUCUUUCAGACAUGGAACAGUUUCCUGUUUUCAUUUCCUUCAUGGAAACUUGUUCCAAUGAGUUUGAUUCAAAUAUUCCUGAGGUUGUUAAACAUGACAGGAAACUCAGAUACAAAAUGCAACAUUUGUGAUCUGCAGCUCAGAUUUACUGGAUUAAUAAAUGUACUUUUUAGAGUCACAGUUCAGUGAUGUAAACUUUAUAACCUUUCCUGAGUGGUUACCAUGUUCUGUAAACGUGUUCUGGACAGCAACAACAAAAGAAAUGUAAAGCAGUCCUCACUUCUGUUUCUAUGUCUGCAGCUUUGAGAGCUCCAAACACUCAAUCAUUAAAUAUCCUGCAAGGGAUAUAAACCGUC